AUGAGUUCCACCCCUAGACUUGUCAGCAGUGCUGCAACCAGGAGGUUAUUACUGCCAUCAAAUACCCGUCUUCCGCGCUCUUCCCUUUUGAGGGCUCGAUCCCAAUUUGCUCGAGAUCUUCCCCCACAGUCCCGGGCCCUCGCCAUCUUACUGCCUUCAAGAGGAUAUGCCACCGAAACCACUUCACAUGGUACCGACGGCGGUCCUCCUCCCGGGUUUAACAUAAACGACGCAAAGAAGCCUCUCCCGAAAGACGAAGCUAAAACGACCCCAGCUCAGCAGACCGCUCCCGGAUCGAAAGAGUCCAACGAGCAAACUCGGACCUCCAAAGUCGGCGCAACCGCCAUCGAUAAGACCAAGGCUUUGGAAAACGCGACCGUGACUGAAUUGGCAGCCGCAAAGUCCGCCGAUGCCUCAAAGGCCGAUUCAACGGCUGUCACGGAGAAGAAGGAGGAACCAAAAAAGCUCACCCUGGGGCAAAAGAUUAAAAAGGAAAUAGCCCAUUACUGGGAUGGCACCAAGCUGCUGGCCACUGAGGUCAAGAUUUCAUCAAGGCUAGCCCUGAAAAUGGCCGCUGGCUACGAAUUAAGCAGACGUGAAAACCGACAGUUGCAAAGAACUGUUCAGGAUUUGGGUCGGCUUGUUCCAUUCUCGGUUUUCGUCAUUGUUCCAUUCGCAGAGCUCCUUCUCCCAGUCGCCCUUAAGCUCUUCCCCAAUCUCCUUCCCUCCACCUACGAGGGUCAGACAUCCCGCGAAAAGAAGGCUGCUGGACUUCGAGAGACCCGAAAACAAGUUUCGACUUUCCUCCGAAACACAUUGCGUGAGACCGGUCUUCCAGUUUCUGCAAUCAACGCAAAGAAGGAAGAGUUCACCGAGUUCUUCCGAAAGGUUCGCGCAACAGGAGAAUCGCCUUCCAAGGAGGAUGUCAUCAAGGUGUGCAGGAUUUUCAAAGAUGACUUGACACUGGACAACCUGUCAAGGCCACAACUGGUCGGUAUGUGUAAAUACAUGAACCUCAAUACUUUUGGGACCGACGCCAUGCUACGCUAUCAAAUUCGCCAUCGCAUGAGACAGACUAAGCGAGAUGACAAAGCUAUCUCUUACGAGGGUGUGGAUUCACUGUCUGUUCCUGAACUCCAGAUGGCAUGCGCAUCGCGUGGCCUACGCACUCAUGGCAUGUCCCCCGGAAAGCUUCGGGAAGACCUUCAAAUGUGGCUGGACCUCAGACUCAAGUACAACAUCCCUUCAACCCUGCUGGUACUGAGUAAUGCGUAUAUGUACACCUCGGGCAAGGAUAGUGAAAUCGACUCACAAAUUGAUGCUCUCCAAGCUGUACUGAGCAGCAUUCCUGAGGAGCUCUUCCACGAGAUUGAACUUGAGGUUCACAACGCCGAGGGUGCUGCAACUAAUAAGCAACGUCUCGAGGUCCUGAAAGAACAACAAGAGCUGAUUGAGGAAGAAAACGAACAGUCGGAAGCUAGCAAGUCAGAGGACGGCAAGAGUGCAAGUGAAGGUGUGAAGGAUGACAAAGACAUCGACGAGAAGCCGAAGCAAAAGGUGGAGGAAGCAAAGGCAGCCGACUCAGAGUCAUCUUCGAUGAAGGAGGCAAAGGAGGCUGAAGAGGAUGUCUCUGAGGCGGCAAAGAAAGAGCCCGCCAGGAAAGAAGAGGAAGUGAAGAAAGAAUAA